CAGAAGUGAGAAAGCAGAAGUGUGACAUAGUUGAGCCUUAAACCCGCAGGAUGUGUUCAGCAGAGCCCUGGGACUGAGACACAUUAGCUUAAAGCAAUGGAAUCUUUGCCCAAGUUAGUGUAAGUGGUGAGCAGUGGCGCGUGCGGCUCGUACAGCUGCGGAGGAGGUUCUUGCGACAAGACCUGCGGAUCAGCUCCAAACUCUAAACCCAAUGAAGACCGAACCAGCCCAUCCGAGAGAACCCCCUCUAAGCCACAAGUGCCUCCAAAACCUGCCCACCUCCAGACGCCGAUGAGGACCGAACCACCGUCUUCAUCUCGGCUCCCCCCGCGGUAUUUGAAUGUUGACAAGAGUCCAAUCCAAGCGACCUGCUGCCACACGUCCCCGGGUCCGAACAAAGCGGGACCGGGUUUUCUCAACGAGGUACAUGUGAGCCCCACCAGGCUGUCCCCGUUUCAGAAAAUCCCCAAGCUCAUGAGCAGUCCGACAUUGGGGUCUCCGAGUCCGGGCAAGAGAGGCAUCCGCAGCGGUAGCCCCUCGAGGGAGGGAGGCCACAGCCCGGCCAAGUUGUCCCCACUCUCGAGACUACUUAAGACCCCCAGCCCCGUUCAGGGGAAGAUGGGCAGCUACACCCCAGCGAGGAACUCUAAAUCCUGGCUAGGAUUACACAAGAUCCCAAGCGGGAAGACGGAGGGACAAGAAAAGCAUGCGGGGAAGUCGCUGAGUGUGCCCGACCUCAUUGUCUAUUUGGACGAAAGAACUCCAUCGAAUAAAGCGGAUGCUUCUAGACCCGUUAUCACCGUCAAACCACCAGCAGACCACAGGGUCAACCGCACCGCAGAGGAAGUCACUUCACGAGGCGAGGAGCGCCGGCUCGGACAAACCGAACCCAUCCGUGCUGACAAAGGCUCCAAGAUCCGCGUGGGAUCCAGGUUCUCUUGCAAAUGGACCGAGGCCUCUCGUGAGGGCCAACAGUGCGAGGAGAGUUUUGAGAAGACGAAUGAGGAGCUAAAGGAGGAGAACACGGAGCAGAAGCUGUUCAAGAUAGUCAGCGAACUCCUGCACACGGAGAAGGCCUACGUGGCCCGCCUCCACCUCUUGGACCAGGUGUUCUGCCUGCGUUUGACAGAAGAGGCCGGACGUGGCUCCUUUCCAGCCGAGGUGGUGCGCAACAUCUUCUGCAACAUCUCUUCUAUCUACUCCUUCCACAGCCAGUUUCUGCUGCCUGACCUGGAGGACUGCAUCGGACACUGGCAUGAGUGUCCAGGUUUGGGCAAUGUCCUGUUGCAGCACGCCCCCUUCCUGAGGAUGUACGCUGACUACGUCAGCAACUUCGACCAGGCCACGGAGCUGGUGAGAAUAUGGACAGAGCGCUCGUCCGCUUUCCGCAAUAUCAUCGAGGACAUCCAGAGUCAGGAAGUGUGUGCCAGCCUAACUCUGCAGCAUCACAUGUUGGAACCGGUCCAGAGAAUUCCUCGCUAUGAGAUGCUACUCAGGGAUUACGUCAAGAAAGUACCCUCCAAUAACCCAGACUAUGAGUUCGCUCAGCAAUCCCUGCAGACAAUUUCCAUGGCUGCCAACCACUCAAACAGUGCCAUUCACAAAGCUGAGAGCAUCAAGAGGUUGCUGGAGAUCUACGAGAUGGUCGGAGAGGAAGAAGUGGUGAACCCCACUAAUGAGUUCCUCAAGGAGGGUCGUUUGCUGAAGCUCGCAGCGAGGAACACGUCUGCCAUGGAGCGCCACCUCUUUCUGUUCAACAACUUCCUGCUGUGCUGCACGCCAAAAUUCAGCCUGGUGGGCCAGCGCUUUACGGUGCGCAGCAGAAUAGGAGUGGACGGCAUGCAGGUGCAGCAGACCGCCAAUGAGGACCAUCCGUACACCUUCCAGGUGUCGGGCAAGGAGAAAACCCUGGAGCUGCAGGCCAGCUCUGAACAAGACCGAGAUGAGUGGAUCAAGGUGACCCAGGAUGCCAUUGACGUGUUCCAGAAGAAAAAUGAGACGUUCAAGUUUGCGUCGAAGGAGCUGAAUGCGGAGGAACCAGCGGAAGAGCUGGGGCGACGCGCCCCUCGCUGGAUCCGUGACAACGAGGUGACCGUGUGCAUGAAGUGCCAGGAGCCCUUCAACGCUCUGACCAGACGCCGACAUCACUGCCGGGCUUGCGGCUGUGUCGUGUGCUGGAAGUGCUCCGACAACAAGGUGGCGCUGGCGUACGACUGCAACAAGCUGAACAAGGUCUGCAAAUCCUGCUACUCCAUCCUGACGGGACAGAGAGGAGGGAGGGGUGACAGCACCAAGAGGCCAAAAUCAGCGUUGGAGUCUUUUCCAGCUUCCUGCAUGAUAAGCAGCUUCCUGCAAUAUGGCGACAAUCCCAGAACAUGGCAGCGGGUGUGGGCUGUCGUCACCAAAACAGAACCUCUGGUCCUCUCUUUGUAUGCUGCUCGACAGGAUGUGAAGCCCCUCUCCUGUAUACCUCUGCUGGGCUGCACAGUGGAAGAUCCCUCUCAGAAACUCCAAGGACAAUACUGCUUCAAUUUAAGACAAUCCAAAAGCAGGCACGUGUUCACCUGCGACCACGCGGACGUCAAACAGGCCUGGUUGGCCGCUCUCAAAGCAGCGGCGACGAGCUCAGACGACUGUGCGAGCGAAUCCAGCGGGGAAGAAUUCAUUAGCAUUUAGAAGUAGGCAACAUUCAAAAGGAGAACUGUGUUUUCCUCACAAGCGGUGUCGCACUUUAUUUCUGAAAUGGUUUACAGUAAAAUAAAUAAAUAGUUUUAACAUGA